CGCCAGGGGCGGGGUGGUGCGGGCCGGCCAGGCGGCCGGGCUAUGCACCUGCGCCUCCGCGGGCCGCCCGGGGCACUGUCCGCGGCCCGCUCGGCCCCGCAAUGGCCAGGCCACAGAGAACGCCGGCGCGCAGUCCCGACAGCAUCGUGGAGGUGAAGAGCAAAUUUGACGCCGAGUUCCGACGCUUCGCACUGCCCCGUGCUUCGGUGAGCGGCUUCCAAGAGUUCUCGAGAUUACUGCGUGCAGUGCAUCAGAUCCCUGGCCUGGAUGUGCUGCUUGGCUAUACAGAUGCUCACGGCGACCUACUGCCCCUUACCAACGAUGACAGCCUACACAGGGCCCUGGCCAGCGUGCCCCCGCCACUGCGCCUGCUAGUGCAGAAGCGGGAAGCUGACUCCAGCAGCCUGGUCUUUGCCUCCAACUCACUGCAGCGGCGUAAGAAAGGUCUUCUACUUCGGCCAGUGGCACCUCUGCGAACCCGGCCACCCCUCCUAAUCAGCCUGCCCCAAGACUUCCGCCAGGUUUCUUCAGUCAUAGAUGUGGAUCUACUGCCUGAAACCCACCGACGGGUGCGGCUGCACAAGCAUGGUUCCGACCGUCCCCUAGGUUUCUACAUCCGAGAUGGCAUGAGCGUGCGUGUCGCUCCCCAGGGCCUGGAACGGGUCCCAGGCAUCUUCAUCUCUCGCCUAGUACGAGGGGGCCUGGCUGAGAGUACAGGGCUACUGGCAGUCAGUGAUGAAAUCCUUGAAGUCAAUGGCAUUGAGGUGGCUGGGAAGACCUUGGACCAAGUGACAGACAUGAUGGUCGCCAACAGCCACAACCUCAUUGUCACUGUCAAGCCAGCCAAUCAGCGCAAUAAUGUGGUGCGCGGGGCAUCUGGUCAUCUGAGAGGGCCUUCCUCUGCUGGGCUUGGGGCUGCCGAGCCUGACAGUGAUGAUGACAGUAGUGAUCUGUCCAUUGGGAACCGCCAGCCUCCCUGUCCCAAUGGGCUGUCUCGGGGGCCUCCAUGCUGGGACCUGCCCGCAGAUCGCCUACUUCCCAGUGCCUGCGGCUCUCUGCCAUCCCUAGAUGAUCAGGAGCAAGCCAGCUCUGGCUGGGGAAGUAGCACACGAGGAGAUGGUAGUGGCUUCAGCCUCUGACACGCAUGGAAGCAGCCCCUUGCCACUCCAGAGGACUUCCCCAGUGGGGUUUUAGCUUGCUCACAGGGCCCUCUCAGUCUGGG